AUGGGUUCUACCUUCAAAGGUGACGUGCAAGCUAUUUUGAAGAAUGUAGUCAAACAGAUCGAAAAAUAUCUAGCCUCAGAUGACGAGUCAGUCCGAGUAGACGCUCUUGAGAAGACCCUCAAGCUAAGCCGUGUUCUUGAAAAGCCAAAGGAUGCAGUGUUGAAACUGUCUCUCUCGCCUGUGCUCCUUAUGGCUCUUAAAGUAGGCCACGAUCUGAACAUCUUCACUUCGCUGACACAAUCCGGCCCUGUUACUGCUACGCAACUUGCCGCCGCAAAGAAUGCUGAUGUCACCCUUGUUGAGCGAAUUCUGCGAGUUCUGGCAACCAUUGACUUCGUGGAGAAGCUCGAGCACGGACUGUAUGCACCCAGUCUGCUAUCAUAUGAGAUGGCUCAGAGGACUACAAUUGGUGUGAUGGACUCGCUUUUCUGUGAAUCCCUACCAGCUAUCACCCGGACCCCGGAAUUCCUCCAAAUCACGGGCUAUCAAAAUCCCGUCAACCCUUAUGCCGGCCCCAUGCAGUACGCUUUUGGGACCGACCUUGCCAUCUGGGACUGGCUUGCAGACCAUAUAGAGGCACUGAGCCGCUUUAACACGUACAUGGAGGGCAUCCGGGGCAGUCGGCCUCACUGGGUGGAUUGGUUCCCUGUUCAGCAACAGGUGUUGAGAGGUGCUUCCCAAGAGGUGACUCAGCCUCUGCUGGUCGAUAUUGCCGGGGGUCGUGGUCAUGAUAUUGCGUACUUUGACGAGCGGUUUCCGGGUGCACCAGGGCGACUCAUACUAGAGGAUCUUCCUUCCGUUAUCGAUGAUAUCCAAAAUUUAAAUUCGAAAGUGGAACGCAUCAAGCAUGACUUUUUCACGGCUCAGCCAAUCAAAGGUGCUCGUGUCUACUACCUGAAGUUUAUCCUGCAUGACUGGUGCGACGAGAAAUGCCGGAUCAUCCUGGAUCAUAUUGCUGCCGCGAUGAAGAAAGGCUACUCUAAGCUUUUGAUCGAGGAGUUCAUACUCUCUGACACGGAUUCCUAUCUUCUUCCGGUGUUACUCGAUAUGAUUGUGAUGGUGUUCUGUCCUGGCAUGGAACGGACUCGCUCGCAGUGGGCGAAAUUGUUGAAAGUGUCGGGUUUGGCAGUCAGGAAUUUCUGGUUUCCCAAAGGAGACGGGCAGGGAAUUAUCGAGGCAGAACUGGAGUAG